AGGAUCUCAAAGUUUGAAGUUUGAGCCAGAGAUCAGCGCACUCAGAGCCAACAAGACAGUCUCCAAAGACAGCCAGCUGUAUCGACUCGAUCCAGUGAUCGAUGAUGGAGUCCUCAGAGUGGGUGGACGUCUUAAAAGAGCUGCUAUGCCAUUUGAAAUUAAGCAUCCAGUAAUUCUGUGUAAAAACAUGCACGUGGCAACGUUAAUUCUGCGUUACAUUCACCAUCUGCUUGGUCAUGCAGGAAGGAGCCACAUGUUGUCCAGGCUGCGUCGGAAAUACUGGAUAAUCAGCGCAAACUCUGCUGCCAGAAAGAUCCUGUCUGACUGUGUCACCUGCAGAAGAAAUAGAGGAAAGCUUCUAGAACAAAAAAUGGCCGACUUGCCCCAGGAAAGGGUAAAACCAGACAAACCUCCAUUCUUAGAUGUAUGUGUUGAUUAUUUUGGCCCCAUUGAUGUUAAGAGAGGCAGAAGUCUUCUCAAACGUUAUGGAGUCUUAUUUACUUGCCCAACUAGUCGUGCCGUCCAUUUGGAAGUGGCUCAUACCCUUGAUACUGAUUCUUGCAUUAAUGCAAUCAGAAGAUUCAUCUGCAGGCGUGGUCCAGUCUCUUCUAUCAGAUCAGAUCAUGGCACAAAUUUUGUGGGAGCCAAUAGAGAGCUAAAAGAAGGUCUGGCUGCAUUAAAUCAGAGUAAAAUCCAAAAGGCUCUGGUCCAAGAUGGCAUAAAUUGGCAUUUUAAUAUACCUGCAGCUUCACAUCAUGGUGGCAUCUGGGAACGUUUGAUUCGUUCAGUCAAGAGUGUACUCACCUCAGUUUUAAAACAGCAGGUUUUAGAUGAUGAAACUCUGCAAACUGUUUUCUGUGAGGCUGAAGCCAUUUUGAAUGACAGACCCAUCACUUUGGUCUCUGAUGAUCCAAACGAUUUAGAAGCCCUCACACCAAAUCACAUCCUGAUGUUAAAGAACCAACCUGUUCUGCCACCUGGACUGUUUCAGAAACAAGACCUGUACCUCAAACGCAGAUGGAAGCAAGUACAGUAUAUGGCUGAACUCUUUUGGAAAAGAUGGAUCACUGAGUAUCUGCCCUUACUGCAUGAAAGACAAAAAUGGAUGAGACAGAAAAGAAACAUUUCUCCUGGAGACAUUGUCCUGAUCGCAGAUGCUACUGCACCUCGAGGAUGUUGGCAGAUGGGGAGAGUCCUGGCAGUCAAAGCUGAUGGAGGAGGACUGGUUCGUUCAGUGCAACUGCAGACCAAAACCAGUGUGUUGGAGAGGCCAGUGACGAAGCUCUGUCUGCUCCUGGAGGCAUCUGCAGACUAAAGACAUUCUUAUUCUUUCUACUCUAUCCUAUCCUAUUCUUUCUUUUUUCUCUUGCAGGUUCGUCAUUAUGGAAAUGAAGGACAAAGAAGAAUUUAUGUCUUUGCAUUAAUGUAGGACAAUAUUGAGGUUGUUAGAAUAGCUCCUUUAAUUAGAGAUUUAAUUGUGAUUUAAUGCACAAUUAGGGGCUGGAGUGUAGGAGCUAUUUCUCCAUUAUUUUCAGUUAAAGUUUAGAAUGUUGAUUAUUUAGUUUAUUUUUUUUGUUUUAUAGUUGAUUUAUAAUUAGACUGUUUAUUUUGUUGUUUCUAAAUAAGUUUGGUUAGUAAUUCACUUAAUUAGUUAAUUGAUUUCAGUUUGGGAAGUGGGUGUGUUUCACAGUAUAAAUACGUAGAGUUUAGAUGAGUCUUUAGGCACAUGGGUGGUCAUAUGGUUUUUUACCUGUCUGUCCGUCAGUCAGUUAGUCAGUGUUAUCAGUGAGAACAGGUGCAGGAGUUAGGAUAGGUUUAUCCGAAGCCUGUAACUUGUUUUAGCAAAAGAUUGAAUAAAAGUAAACUAAGAGCAUUUUGACUGUUUGACCUUUUGUUGGACUGCGUAAACCAGAACCCAUGAUGCCCAGUAUUGACUGUUUGAGUUUAUUUCAUUUUGUUUUGAUCACUUUUGAGAUUUGAAUUUUUUCGAUUUUGGAAUUAAGUUUUCGGGACAAAUAGUC